UCGAAAUCGUAUCCGAUCCAGUAAAACUCUCUCGCCGGAGCAUAACUCGACGACGCUUCCCGGUGUGUCGGAGUCAGCGUUUUAUAAAAAUUCCUACACCUCCGGCGAUUCAAUCCGUCCUAGACUCCGAUUGUUUCUUUCAGAUCCGUUGAAUCGAAACUGAAAAAGCGUCUUCGUAGUGGCCCUAGGAGUACAUAUCCUAAUUUUGCUCGAAUGUUUUGUGAUCUGUAACUAGUAACUACAAAUUGAACUGUGUUCGUUUUCUUCUUCCAUGAUUAAGUAUGUGUGUUAUAAAAUGGUUUGUGAUUUGGUCUGCAACCAAGUGCCUAAACCAUGUUUAGAAAAAUAGCUAGUUUUUUUAUAAAUCUUGAUUUGGAUGCAGUUACUAAGAUAGGAUUUUGACUAUAGUAAAAGACCGAAUUUGAUUGUUUAUUUUUCUCCAGCUAUUACCUAUUGUUCUGUGUGUUUUGGUAUGAUCGUUGUUCAUAUAUAUAAGCUUGGUUUUGAGCUUCAAGUAGUGUAAUGGUUUUAAUGGAACAAUGCUCUGGUCUCUAUAUUAGCCUUGAAUGUUUCUGGUUUAAUAUACUGUGAUUCAGCCAUCAUCCAGAUAUUAGUAAUACUUUCUCUGGAACAUUGUAUCUAGAGCUUCACAGAGAUUUCUCUCUGAAGAUCACAUUUCUUGUUAGUCCUCUUUAUCUUACAUUUAACCAGAUUGAUGCUCUUAUAUCUUUAGUCCUCUUUAUCUAUAGUUUGCGAUUUUUCGUCUUCUAUGUUAACCAGAUUAAUGGUUUUUAAUGGAAAAUGUUCUUGUCUCUAUAUUAGCAUUGAAUCUUUUUGGUUUUAAGAGACUGUGAUUCGUCAUUAUUCCAAUGUUGGUUAAUGUAUUAGUGAUGCAAAUGUAAGUAUGUAAGAUCUUGUACCCGAAAUUUGAAGCGAGAUUUGAAGCGAGAUUUAUAGAAUGCUAAAUAUAUUCAAGAUUGGAACUUUCCAUGAGAGAAUUUCACUUGAAAAUGUAGUUUGCUUCUGUUGUUUCAAUUCUUUUAAAUCCAGUCUCUUGGACUUAAAGAAGCAUUUUUUUUGUUUCAGUGCUGUUGUUAAAUCUCUUUUUCUUGUUAAUCAUCUUAAUUCACAUUGCUUCACAUAGAUUUCUCUCUGAAAACCACAUUUCAUGUUUGAUGUUUCUUAUAUAUUUUCCGUUCUAUAUAUAAGGUUCAUUUAACCACACUUAGUUUGCGAUUUCUCGUAUUCUGUGUUUUGCUUGUUUUUCAAACAGACAGAGUAUAUCUUGCCCGAAAGAUCUCACAUCUGCUCACCAAUAAACCUGUAAGCCUUCUCGAUUAAAAAUAAAGAUCCAACUGUUCUUACAAUGCACAAAGCAUUACAAGAAGUAUGAGAUAAAGUUUCAUUUGGAGCUAAAAACAGAGGAAUGCUUACCAACAGAGAGAAUCUUUGGGGACAUGUAUCCAAGUUAUAGAGUAUAGUCGGUGACGGUGGCUCCAUCUAUGGCCGCGUAAUUAUAGGUCAGUCUUUUGUCUCCUCUGUAUUUUCCUCGACGUGCCAAAUUGUCAUUAAUCAAAUACCAAAAAAUCCAUAAACAAAGAAAGAGAAGUUAAGAGAGAGAGAGAGAUACGACUUCUGAGUUUUUUUCUAAGUGUUUUUAUAAAGAAGCACAUGGAGAUCUUAGAUGUCACAAUUAGUAAGGUGGGUCUCUUUGUCCCAUGUGCCAUAAUUUUCUCAUUUUCCCACAAAGAAAACCUCUCUUUCUCCCUCUCAAAAGUUUCAAUUUUUCAUGUUGUUGAGUUCUUGAAACUUCGAAACAAAGAAAAUGUUGUUGUUCCCUUCUCUUCGUCUCUUCUUCUUCCUCUUCCUCUUGUUCUCUUCUUGUUUCUUGCAUAUUAGAGCUGCUGAUGAUGAAGAUGAUAACAGUGGAAUAAACGGUGACGAUUUCAAAGUCGACCCGAGUCUUAACUUCGAAAACCCGAGUCUUCGUCAAGCCUACAUUGCUCUUCAAUCAUGGAAACAAGCUAUUUUCUCUGACCCUUUUAACUUCACAGCUAAUUGGAACGGCUCAGAUGUUUGCUCCUACAAUGGUAUUUACUGUGCUCCUUCUCCAUCUUCUCGUCAGAAAACCAGAGUUGUUGCAGGCAUUGAUCUUAACCAUGCAGAUAUGGCUGGUUAUCUACCUCCUGAGCUUGGUCUUCUCACUGAUCUCGCUCUCUUCCAUCUCAACUCAAACCGGUUCUGUGGACAAGUCCCAAUCACGUUCAAAAACAUGAAGCUUCUCUACGAGCUUGAUUUGAGUAACAACCGUUUCGUGGGAAAGUUCCCAAAGGUUGUCUUAUACUUGCCUUCCCUCAAGUUCUUGGAUCUCCGUUACAACGAGUUUGAAGGUGGAAUCCCUUCCAAGCUUUUCGACAAAGAGCUUGACGCCAUUUUCUUGAACCAUAACCGGUUUCGGUUUGGGAUCCCUGAAAACAUGGGAAACUCUCCGGUUUCCGCUCUGGUUCUUGCGGAUAACGAUCUUGGAGGUUGCAUACCGGGAAGUAUCGGUCAAAUGGGGAAAACACUCAACGAGAUCAUCCUCUCCAACGAUAACUUAACCGGUUGCUUACCACCGCAGAUCGGGAAUCUCAAGAACGUGACGGUUUUCGACGUUAGUUUUAACCGGUUAAGUGGUUCGUUACCGUCAAGCGUUGGAAACAUGAAGAGCUUGGAACAGCUUAAUAUUGCUAACAAUGCGUUCACAGGAGUGAUCCCAAGUAGUAUUUGCCAGCUCUCUAAUCUUGAGAACUUCACUUACUCUUUCAACUUCUUCACUGGAGAUGCACCAAGAUGUGCAGCUCUCUCUGGAGACGAUGUGAUGGUUAAUGGUUCGAUGAAUUGUAUCGCUGGCAAAGAACGUCAAAGAUCGUCUAAAGAGUGUUCUUCUCAAGCUUCACGUCCUGUUGAUUGUAGCAAAUUUGGAUGCAACAACGUUUUCUCUCCACCACCUCCUCCGUCUUUUAAGAUAGCACCUACCGUCCGUGUACUUCCUCCGCCUCCAUCUUCCAAGAUGUCUCCUGCUUUUAGAGCUUCUCCACCACCUCCUCCGUCUUUCAAGAUGUCUCCUUCUGUCAAGGCCUAUCCUCCUCCGCCGCCUAAAUAUGAGCCAUCUCCGCCGCCUCCUCCUUCUUCUGGAAUGUCGCCCACCGUUAGAGCAUACCCUCCACCGCCACCAUCUCCUUCGCCGCCAUAUAUCUACUCAUCUCCACCACCACCACCACCUGUAGAGAACUGUCCACCCACUACGCAAAGUCCACCACCACCACCGCAAUAUCAGCAAACUCCUUCACCGAGUGAACACUAUCCAUCCCCUGCACCACCUUAUUACCAAUACACGUCUUCUCCGCCACCACCACCACCGGUGACAACAAGUUCUCCACCUCCGGUCUACUAUACGCCAGUUACACAAAGCCCGCCUCCUCCACCACCGGUUUACUAUACGCCGGUAACACAAAGUCCUCCUCCUCCACCACCGGUUUACUAUGAGCCGGUAAGACAAAGCCCUCCUCCUCCAUCACCGGUUUACUAUGAGCCGGUAAGACAAAGUCCUCCACCUCCAUCACCGGUUUACUAUGAGCCGGUAACACAAAGUCCUCCUCCUCCACCACCGGUUUACUAUGAGCCGGUAACACAAAGUCCUCCACCUCCACCACCGGUUUACUAUCCUCCGGUCGUAAGCCCUCCACCACCGGUUUACUAUUCACCUGUUGCUCAAAGUCCUCCUCCACCACCACCAGUCUACUAUCCGCCGGUAACACAAAGUCCUCCACCACCACCACCUACCUACUAUCCUCCUCUAACACAAAGUCCACCUCCACCAUCACCGGCAUAUUAUCCUCCGGUAACACAAAGUCCUCCACCUCCACCACCAGUUUACUAUUCUCCGGUAACACAAAGUCAUCCACCGCCACCACCGGUUGAGUACCAUCAUCCGGCAACCCCAAACCACUCUCCAUCACCACCACCGAAAGGAUGCAAAGACGAUCCAAGUAAUGACCAUCACUACCAAACACCACCAAAACCUUCUCCACCGCCUCCAUCCUACGACGACACACCUCUUCCUCCGAUCCACGGUGUCUCUUAUGCGUCUCCGCCUCCGCCAUCAAUCCCAUACUACUAAGUUUAUACCCAUGCAUUAACUAGUGGUUAACGUGGCCACUAGUCACAAUGAUCAUAUAUUCUUUUGGCUUUGAAACUAUUUGUGUUUUGGUUUUCGAGUUCUUUUCUCCCAUGAAUAUUUUGUUCUUUUAUUUCUUGAUUAAA